UUCACUUAUGAUAAAGCAUUUCCAGAACACCGCGCCGAACAACACGAGCACUCAAGGAGCUGCAGAGUUAGUUACAUAUUGAACAUAUGUGAACACAUGCUUAUCAGAGAUAAUUAAUCACAACUAGGAAGCGUACACGCGUUGACCGGAGUGGCAGUGACUUUGCUGCGCUGUGGCGCGCGAAGGCGCGCCAAAUGGAUACUCGGUCAUUUAUGAUACGAUAGCAGUGCACAACAGCUCUUCGAAGGAGCAGCAGGCUCGAGGACUCUGAGAAUGCCCUUCCGGGCCCUCUCCCUGUGCUCCUUCUGGCGUUGCCUGGGCGCUGAUGCGCGAGUCAGCGUGGACGGCGAACAAAGCCGGACGGCCAAGGCUGGCAAGGCCGUCUGCGCUGCAGACGCUAAUGGCAAAGGCGCCCAUGCUGAGCCUGAUCUGGGUCACGACUCGGCGGCGUCGCACCUGGCCGGCGGGGGCCGCGGCGGCCAGGGCCAGGCCCAUGGCUUGGCGCUGGCCGCGACCCUGCCCCACCAGGAGCGCACGCUGCGGGCCCUGCUGCAGAAGGCCAAGAUGGUGCUGGCGCAGCAGAGCCAGCAGCAGCUGCCGCCACCUCCUCCGCCUGGACAGCUGUCAGCGGGGCAGCACCAGCAGCAGGGGGAGGGCGGCUUCGGCCUGACUCGGCACCUGGGGGACAGCGAGCUGGUCCGCAUCAACACGCAGCUGCAGGAGGCCACAGCGGGCCUGAGGCCGGACACCCGCACGCUGCUGCGAGUGGAGCUGCUGCUGUGUGACGCGCGGCGCUGGCUGGCCGGCUGCCCGGGCGGCGCCAGCCCCGCCGCCGCCACGGCGCUGCUUUACGUGGCGGGCGAGGGGCUGGCGCGCGCGGAACACUGCGUGCGCUCCGCCGGCCAGGUCCGCUUCUGGCGGCCAGACGCCGUGGCGGCCUUCACCGCGCUGCUGCAGCUGUACGGCGACGUCAUGACGCAGGCGGGCUGGGCGGCGGCGGCGGCGGCGGCGCAGCGGCAGGCGCAAGGACUGCAGGGGUUGCAGGGGCUGCAGGGGCAGGGGCAGCAGGGGAGAGUGGACUCGGCUCGGGAGCAGCAGGGGUCGGACCCGAGCGCCGGUCGCGCUCCGCAGCCCACCCCGCAGCCCACCCCGCAGCCCACCCCGCAGCCCACCCCGCAGCCUACUCCGCAGCCGCUGCCGCCGCAGCGGCACCCUCUGGUGUUCGCUGCUGCUGCGCUGCUGCUGCGGCCCGACUGGCUGGACCUGCUGAUGGAGGUGCUACAGCUCCUGCACUUCAGCGCCGACUACGCCGCCGCCGCCGCCGCCGCCGGGCGCGGGCUGCAGGAGGGUCUGGCGGCGGCGCUGCAGCUGUGGGGCUUCCUGACGGGGCUGGUGCGCUUCGCGGCGGGGCCGGCGGAGGCGGCGGCGGCGGCGGCGCUGCCGGGCUGCAUGCAGCGGCUGGGCGCGCUGCUGUCGCCGCCGGGGGGCGUGGCGCCUCGGCUGCUGGCGCUGCCGCUGCGUGAGGACACACUGGUGGCGCAGCUGCACGUGCUGUGGCUGCUGCAGGUGCUGUACGACCUGCCUGACGUGCGGGUGCUGCACGACCCACUGCUGGCGGAGCACUACGUGGGCCUGCACCACAGCGCCAUGACGGCCGCCUACGAGGCCUCCGCCGCCGACCCCAAGUCCGCCUCCGCGGAGCUGUGCCGCAUCCACGCCACCCUACUGCGCAGCCUGGCGCGGCACCCGGGGCAGCCGGUGCGCGCCGCCUUCCGCCGCUGCCGCACCGUGGAGUGGCUGCUGGAGCAGAUGGGGCUGGAGAGCGCGCUGCUGCCGCAGGCGGCGGCGGAGGAAGAGGAGGACGCGGCGGGCGGAGGCGGAGGCGGAGGCGGUGGGGAUGGGGAUGGGGACGGGGGGUGUUCGGAAUCGGAGCUGGAGAGCAGUGAUGAGGGCGGGGAGGGGGACGGGGAGGGGUUGAGGAGCCCGUUGGGCUCGUCUGGCAGCAGGCCGCGCCGCAGCGGCGCGGAGACAGCGGCGGCCGCGGGCGAAGGCGGCACGGCGCGGGGUGCCGGCGCUGCAGGCGGCGGCGGCGCCGGAGGCGGCGCCGAGGGCGGCGGCAAGGACUUUGCGUUCACGUACGACCUGAAUGAGGACGUGGAGCGGCUGAUUGCGCUGGAGGACGCCCUGGGUAAAGAGGUGGCGCUGGAGGGGUUCGAGUACGACGACGAGGGAAGGCAGCUCAUGGCAGCCAGCGAGGCGCGGCAGGCGGCGGCGGCGGUGGAAGCCGCGGCGGCGGCGGCGGCGGCGGGGACGCCGACGGCGGGCAGCGAGGGCUUGUUCAGCGCGCGGACGGACUUUAGCUCGACUGUGGGUGGCGGCACGACACACCGGGGAGGAGCAGGAGGAGGCGGUGGGGGGGCGGGGAUACCUCGGCUGGUGCUGGCAGGCCUGCGCUGCGCCUCCGUGAGCAGCAUGCACGCCGCCGGCUCGGUGCGGAGCAUGGCUGGCGGCGGCGGCGGCAACUCCAUCUCUGGCGCCGCCGGCGGGAGCUCGACUGCGGGGGGCCGGCGGCUGGGCAGCGGCACGGGGCGUGUCAGCCACGCGGACAGCCACUGGGGCGGCAUCACCUCUACCAUGGGGGGUGAGGAGGACGACGAGGACGAUGAUGAUGACUGGGAUGUGCCGCUGCCCGGCGGCGAGGCCGCCACGCCGACGCUGGACCCGGCGGCGGCGGCGGAGCGCAUCGCGCGCUGGUCAACAACCAUUGCCGAGGUGCCGCUGCCGGCGCCGCUGCCGGCGCCGUCGAGCAGCGACGCGCCGCCGCCGGGGGCGCCCAGCGUGUUGGCGGCGGCGGCGGCAUACUCGGAGGUGGCGGGCGCAGCGGGCGGCGGCGCCGCCAGGAGCCUGCCGGGGUCGGGGCCCACAAUGGGCUCCGUGGCCGGCGGCAUCGGCACCGGCACGCAGCGCUCGGUCCGGUCCGACGGGCCGCGGACGGGCGCCGCAGGAGCUGCGGCGGCGGCAGCAGGCGGCGGCGGGGGCGCGGGCGGUACGGAUCCCGGCGUGGCGCCGCCGCUGCCGGGCCUGCGGCCGCUGGGCAGCCUGCUAGCACUUGGCCCCCAGCAGCACCACCCGGGGCCCGCGGGGGAGCUGCACAUCCUGGCGCCCUCGACCUCCCGACACGCGCUGCUGACCUCCGCCGCCGCCUCGCCGGCGGCGCCCGUGCCCGCCACCAUAGCCGCCGCCGCCGCGGCGGCCGCCGCCGCAGGCGGCGGCGGCGGCGGCGUCAGCGGGCGCGCGCUGCCGCCGCUGUCACGGCCGGUGGUGCCGCCGCUGCGCUUCGCCGCCGCCGGCGACGGGCUGCCGCCGCUGGCGUCGACGUCGUCGCGGCAGCCGCCCGCCAGCAGCUCGCGAGCCAUGAUGCUGCUGUCAGCCUCCAACCGCGCCGUCGCCGUCGGCGGCGCUGGCAGCGGCGGCGGCGGCUGGCCCUCUGGCGGCGGCCCGCCGCCGGCGCCGGCGCCGCCGCCUGCCGACCCCGCCACCCGCCUGUCGCUGCAGUCGCUCACGUCCGUGCGGCUGCACGCUGCCGCCGAAGGCGGCACCGGCGGCGGUGGCGGCGGCGGCGCUGGCGCCCCGGCGCCGCUCAUCCCGGCCCUCAACCUGUCCUCCCUGCGCCGCCGCGACGGCGGCGGCGGCGGGCCCUCCUCCUCCAGCGACACCGGCCGCACGCUGGACACGGCCUACGUGACACAGCACCCGGGCGACGCCGGCCUGCCGCACGCAGAGCACGUGCUGCUGUGGCACCUCAACGCGCCGCGCAACGCCGGAGUAGUGCACGACCUGUGCCGCGGCGCGCAGCGCAGGGCGCGGCAGGCCAUCGCCUCCGCCGCCGCCUCGGCGGCGGCAGUAGCAGCGGCGGCAGUGGCAGUAGCAGCGCCGGCGACGGCAGUAGCAGGGGCAGGGGCGCCGGCGGCGGCAGCGGCUGGCGGCGGCAGUGGGGCCACAUCGUCUCGGGCGUCGUCGGCGCGCUCGGCGGCGGCGGGUGCCGGCGGGGCGGCGCCGCGGCCUGCCUGGGGGUCGUCAGCGCCCUCCGCGGGGCCCUCGCCCAACCCCGGCUCCCCCGCCCAACUGGCGACCUCCACCACCACCGCCACCACCACCACCACCGUUAUCACCGUUGCCCAGGCGGGCGCCACGUCCUCCCGAUCCGCAUCUGCAGCUGCUACUGCCGCAGCUACAGCCAGCGCCGCCGCCGCCGCCGCCGGCUCGCCUCGGCCGCAGCAGCCGCAGCCGCAGCCGCAGUUGUCGGCGGCUGCGAUCGCGGCGGCGGCGGCCACGCGGCCGUGCGGUGUGACGCGUGCGCUGCAGCUGCUGAGCCGCCCGCUGUUUGACGCCGGCCGCUAUACCAACCUGCAGUUCGUAACCCGGGGAGCGUACGGCAACAUCUACAGGGCACGCAUGGAGGUAGCAGUAGCAGCAGCGGCAGCAGCGCCGGCGGCGGCGGCGCCGGCGGCGGCGGCGCCCGGCGAAGCCGGCUUGUCACUGGUCCUGGCGGCAGUAGCAGCGGGUGCGGCGGCGGGUGCGGGUGCUACAGCCAGCCCCGCGGCGGCGGUUGCUACAGCCGGUUCGGGCGCGGUGCAGGUGGUGAUCAAGACGCUGCAGCUGCCGGGCAGUGUGUACGACAGCUGCGUGCUGGGGGACGUGUUCGGCGAGGUGGCGGUCAUGGAGCGGUUCAGAGGCCACGAGUGCAUCUGCCAGCUGCUGGACUACGGCAUGCACGACGACGCCUACUGGAUCGUCAUGCGCCGGUACCGCUGCUCCCUGGCCGAGUGGCGCCAGCGCCAGCGCCCCCUCUCACACGCCGCGGCCAUCGCCGCCACCGCAGCCUCCGGCGCCACCUCCGCGCCCGCCGCCAGCGGCUCCGCCGCCGCAGCGGCCGCCACGCCUGACGGCGUGGCGGCGGCCGCCGCCGGCGCCGCGGCGGCGGCGCGUGUGUACCUGUCGGCUCUGCUGCAGGUGGUGGAGGCGCUGGCGCUGCUGGCGUCGCACAACGUGGUGCACUUCGACCUCAAGUGCGCCAAUGUGCUCAUUGAGCCGCUGCCGGGCGUGCGCGACGGCGAGCUAUGGGCCCCGGUGGGAGCCGCGGCAGAAGCUGCUAGUGCUGGUGUUGGAAAUGGUGGUGGGGGGGGUGGCGCGGCGGCGGUGGUGCCGUUCCGCUGCGUGCUGGCGGACUUUGGCGAGGCGCGGUCUUACCGCAGUGCCGCCGAGGCCUUCACGGCUCGCAACCGCGGCACCGAGGUGUUCAAGAGCCCGGAGAUGCUCAUGCUCAACGCGCGCGGGGCAGGCGCCGGAGCGGCGGCAGCAGGAGCAGGAGCAGCAGCAGCAGGAGCAGGAGGGGGAGCAGCAGCAGCAGCAGGAGGGGGAGCAGCAGCAGCAGCAGGAGGGGGCGCGGGAGGGGGCCAGGGCGGCAGGCCGCAGCAGCUGCGGGUGCAGGCGCUGACGUCGCCCACCAAGGAUCCACGGGGCCAGGGCGGGCAGGGGGGCGGGCCCUCGGCGGGCUCCCUGGCACCCGAGCCCUCCGGCCCGCUGUUGUCGUGGCCCGCCGGCGCCGGGCCGCACACGCCUGCCCGCGGCCCCGGCCCGCCGCCGCCCAGCCACGCCAACUCAACAGUCUCCGCCGCGCCGGACGCGCGAUCGCCCUCGCGGCCCACAUCGGCCCCGCGCCGGCCGCAGUCAGCGCAGUCGGCACAGCCGCCGCCGCAGUCGCUGGCCGGCGCCGGCCUUGCAUCCGACAUCUGGUCACUCGGCUGCCUGGCCUUUGAGCUGCUCAGCGGAACCGUGCUUUUCGGCGGCGAUUACGCGUCAGUGACGCAUCGCGUGGCCUUUGGAUCCGGCGAGCGGCUGAGUCUGACGGAGGUGGAGCGGGCGCGCCUGGGCGGUCUGCCAGAGCUGGUGGAUCUGGUGGAAUGGAUCCUGGUCCGGGAUCCGACGCGGCGGCCGUCACUGGCCGCGAUCCGGGAGCGGGUGGAGGCGACGCGGGCGUCGCUGGCGGCGGCGGCGGCGGCGGUUGGCGGCGGCGGCGGCGGCGGCGGCGGUUGUUAGCAGUGCCGGUGGAUGGCGGCGCGGGCCAGUGAGAGGUGGAUAAGCGUUCAUGGGGAGCGCAGUGAUGAAAUCACAGGUAUGACGUGCCGACGUCCAGAACAGACGUGGAACAUCAUGGGAGGGUGUGGGGUUUGGGGGUGCGUUGAGGCUUGCUGGGAGGAAGGCAAGGGGUGGGUGGGUGCAUGCGCACAGCGGGCACUGCGGGAGCUCCGGGAGGAAGCGAAGGCAGGCAGGCAGCCACGGAGUUUUGAGCAUUGCCAACAUCCACUGCCGACAUGCCGCGGCGGUGCCUUGUGACGUGGCGCAGUUUCCAAUGGCGCGUGCGCAAAUGUGUGUGUGUGUGUGUGUGUGUGUGUGUGUGUGUGUGUGUGUGUGUGUGUGCGCAAAUGUGUGUGUGUGUGUGUGUGUGUGUGUGUGUGUGUGUGUGUGUGUGUGUGUGUGUGUGUGUGUGUGUGUGUGUGCGUGUGUGUGUGUGUGUGUGCGUGCGUGCGUGCGUGCGUGUGUGUGUGUGUGCGUGCGUGCGUGCGUGCGUGCGUGUGUGUGUGUGUGUGUGUGUGUGUGUGUGUGUGUGUGUGUGUGUGUGUGUGUGUGUGUGUGUGUCACGUCGCCAUUCGGACUCGCUGCUCUUGGACUCAAGCAUGCGUAACUCUUGCCGGUAGUUGCACGUGGCCGUGCGUGCAUGUGUUGUAUUGAUAUAUAUUGAUAAGCGUAUGUGGGUUGUGGGAUGGUUGCGUAUGCGGUUGUGUGUUACAAAGCACAAGGAAAAACCAUACGCGCUAAUGUGUGUGUGUGUUUGUAUGUGAUCCCAAUGCACCGACAUGUGCCGGUGACGGUAUGCGGCACGCCGCACAUUCAUGGACUCAUGGUGGUGUCGUACGGUAGGGCAGUGGGCGCUCGUGGCGUGCUUGGGAGUUGGGACCUGGCGGCGGCGCCCACGACACCACGACACGACGUGGGUACGGUACCGGGUGGCCGCGCCGCGGCCUGCCGCCGUGACGGUGGCGGGCGCUGGCCUUUCUUAAUGACGCCACACGGCGCGGACACGGAAGAAGUGUGUUUGCGUGUUUGGGAGCGAAGGCGGGUGUCGAAGAAACCAUUACUCCCUCGUGACGAGAGGCUGUAGCAGUGAAUGGCACGCACGCACGUGACAUGCUUCGUGAGGCGUGUGGCGUGGGAUAGCGACGUGGCUCAGCACGCAACUGCUCAUGCGCUGCUACAGCCUCGCUGCACAGCACCUGCAGCUGCAGCUGGCCGGGCGUGUGUGAUGUGACUUGUGGCCCAUGCAUCCAUGAGGGGUGGGGGGGCGUGGCCGUGGCCUUGGCUGCACCGAAUUGUUGACCGUGCCAGCGUGUGUGUUAAAUCAUCAAGCCAAAUAACCAUCAAGGUUAUGCGAUGCGGGGCUGUUACACGGCCCAAGCGCGACGAAUAGGUCACGGUAUUCAUGCGACGGGCAGUCAUCAAUUAGGGCAAUUUGCUCUGCGCUGCAAAUAUAAGCGCAGCAGCUGCUGCCGCACGGCUGCCGCCUGUGUCUCCUCUCGGGUCUGUCGGUGUCCUGUGCGCCGAGUUUUGGUGUUUUGUUGUCGCUUUGGAAGAACCCGACGGGCGCUUGUGCCCAGCACACGGAGUCGCGCCUCUGGCACGCACACGACGGAUGGUGACGGCGGAUUACUUUUAUGCGGCCGGUGGCAUGGCGUCGCGUGUGGAUGCCGUGUGGAUGCCGUGUGGCUCUGUGGAAGUGUGCAACCGGCCGGGAAGGCCCCGUGGACCCAGAGGCGGAGAACAGUUCUGAGGAUGUGAGGAUGGCAAGUGCGGCACGUGUACUGUAUGUAUGGGUGGGUGGCUGUACUAAUAUACGGAGUAAGCCUGUGUGAGUUCGAAUGCAGCAAACUGCAUCCAUUGGCGUGCUUUUAGGCAAGCCAAGUCACAUCGUAGGGCUUGAUGGCGUUGCGGUGGUGGUGAGUUACAGGGGUCAUGGACUUAUGGACUCAUGGUGUGCUGUUACUGGCAAAGAUGCCAAUUGCAGAAUCCGCAGCUCAGUUGCGCGAAGGCACAUCGUGCUGCGAUGUCCCACGCUGUGAUGUCAACAUCCCCGCGCAGACACCCGCGGCAUCUUGACUUU